CUCGAACACGUCAACGCAUCAGUUGCCCGGAUGUUCCGGUGCUCUCGGUCAGGCUUACGUACCGGGACCCGCUGCGCGAGCAACGCGAUGGCAUAAAGCAGCCGAGGAGUCCGUCACACACGAGCGACGCGGAGCUCUUCAAGAUGGUUUUAGAAUCCAUUUCAAGGAUAAUAAAGGUCCAGCUGCCAGCCUACCUCAAGAGACUUCCGCUUCCGGAGACCAUCGGCGGGUUUGCGAGGUUGACAGUGUCCGAGUGGCUGCGGUUGCUGCCCCUGCUGGGCAUCCUGGCUCUGCUGGGCUACCUGACCAUCCGGCCCUUCCUGCCCAAGAAGAAGAAGCAGAGAGACAGUCUGAUCAACCUGAAGAUCCAGAAGGAGAACCCCAAGGUGGUCAACGAGAUCGACAUCGAGGACCUGAACAGCGCCAGUGUUUGUUACUGUCGCUGCUGGCGCUCCAAAACGUUCCCCGUGUGCGACCGGUCCCACCUGAAGCACAACGAGCUGACGGGAGACAACGUGGGACCGCUCAUCCUCAAGAAGAAGAUCCUAUAAUGUUUGCUCUGCCUCUCGUCGUUAACUCCUUUUGUUGUUCUCGUCUCUUUGUUGUUAGUCACAAUCUUCAAGUGAAGCGUCUCAAACUCUUGGAGCCUGAUCUGUAAUGUGCCGAGCAGGAAGCGGCUUUCCUCUUUGGGGCCUUGAACACGACAUCAUGUUGAACUCUUUGGAAUCAAUAAGAUCAAUAUGACCACUUGAACCAUCAAUGACCUGAUGACUCAAUAUUCUGAACACAUUGGGUACUAACCAGAACCGGCCCGUACUGUAGGGUUUAUUGUCUGUUCCAAACAGCAGCACCCUGAGCUCUCCUUCAGGGUGUCAUGUAUUCUCUUAAGUUAUUGUGUGGGAAAUGGGAAAUAUUGUUGAUGCCUUUACAGAUUUGAGUUUUGAACUCUGACCUCCAGACAUUUCAAACAUGCACGUCGAGUCUUAUCCAGUCGGACCUCGGGGUGUCGGGGGCCAGAGAGUUCUGGGUCCACAUGUUCUCCAUAAACGACCUGAACCUCCA